AAAGCCGCGAGUAGCGCUGGCGCACCCUAUCAGUCGUCUUUACACCGUGUCCCUGGCACCGCUGCGGAUUGUUACAGAGUUUGUGGCAGUGUCGUGUUUACGCGUUUUUAACGAUGGGGUGUUCGAGAAACAUAGUGUGCAUCCUAGUGCUAAUGAGCGUUGCAACCGAAAUCUUCGCGGCUCCUGCGCCGCAGUCUCAAGAGGACUCCCCGCCUAUGCCAUACGAGUACAAAUACGACGUCGAAGACCAAGAGAAGUCUCUCUAUUUCGGUGCAAAUGAGGCAGGCGACGCCCAAGGUAAAGUCAUUGGCGGCUAUAGAGUAUUGCUCCCUGACGGACGCCUCAUGUCCGUUGAGUACACGGUAGAAGGCGACAGCGGUUUUGUACCGAAGAUAAGCUUUGAAGACAACGCCAAUCCCUUCGGGAAAGGAAAGUAAGACUGCCAGUACAAUUGAUAGAGAAUUACGUAUUUUAGUUUAAUGCCGCUUGCCUAUAAAUGUUAGACAAAUCGCACCCUUGGUGUAAUAGGGCCACAUCUGCAAAAUUAUGACUUUUCAGGAGAGGUUUAAUGAUUCUAAGAAGGAAAUUUGCCGAUAACUUUUUUGAUACUUAAACAAAAAUUUCACACAUAUAUACAUAAUUUGUUUUAUGUAGUUCGUAUUAUUUUCAUGGCUUUCAUGUGAUGUCAAUAGCGAUUUUUAUUAUGCCGAGGGUACGAAAUGUUAAUUUUGUGAUAUACAUAAAUAAAACGGUCCAUGCCAGCCUGAGUAGUUAAAACAGAAUGAAUUGAGGGCUGUUUCUCAUUCAAAUUGAUUGUAUUGUUCAUGUUUCCUAAAUUCAUAUGUUUUUUCGGUAACCCAUAUUAGUAAGUUGACGCCAAGUGAAAGUUAAAAUGUAUAAAAUGCAACGUAAAAGUCAAGGUUUUGUAAAUAGUGGCGUAUCUCAGAAAUACCUAAUUUACCUGUAUUAAGAAAACCUGAGGCAUAGGUAAUUGGCGCACAAAGUAUGUACUUAUUAUAUCAUCCCAGUGUUGCUACACGAUUAUUUUAACAAUUGGAGAGCUUAGUGGUUUAUUCCGAAUGAAAUUCAGCACAUUCUGAAUAUACUUGUAAUUGUAAAUAAUAAGUUAAAAAUUGACUAUUUUGAUUUUGGCCACUAUUCAUGAAAAGGCGCAAUACGUAUUUAUGUGUAAAAUAGAGUCUUAAUUACGCCUUUACUGAGAUCGAUUUUUUAUUAUAUAGGCACUGACCACUAUCAAACGCAUGCCCUUUUUCUCUGCGGUCGAGCAAAAUUUUUUUGAAAUAGAUGGAACAAAAAGACUCUUAUAAAAAAACCACGGUAUGUUAUGAGGCGAUGUUAAUUCCAAGUUACCACUACUGUGAUUAUUGUAUGCAUAGAAGAUAUUUGUAGGCCAUUAUUGCCAUUAGGAUAAGUAUACUAUACGAUAUUUACAUUUAGUAAUAGUGUUACUCGCAUGUAGAUUUUGUAUGCAAUAA